CAUUUUUGCCCUCCUCCCAACCCAACCGAACACGCACGGCGUUCACCAGUUCGUAGUGAAAGAGGAGGAGAAGAAACGAAGAGAGGAGAAAGAAGAAGAAACCAGAUCCUUCCCUUCCACCAUGGCUCUUCUCAAUCUCUCCUCCUGCUCUCCUUCCACCUCCCUCCCCCUCCAAGCCCCCUUCGCCGCGCCCUUCCCUAAGCACGCCGCCUUUGCUCUUUGCGCUUGGCGUCCACGGUCCAACCUCGCCUGCUUCUGCUCGUCUAUACGAACGAAGGCGACGCUCACCAUCGACUCUCCCUCCACUGGCGGCGCCUCCUUCCCCGACGGCCCCCCGAGGGUUCUAUUGGAGGUUAAGGAUUUGAAGGCCGUCGUCAGGGAAUCGGGGCAGGAGAUCCUGCGGGGUGUUAGCCUCACCAUCAGCGAGGGCGAGAUUCACGCGAUUAUGGGGAAGAAUGGAUCAGGCAAGAGCACGUUCUCCAAGGUUCUUGUUGGACAUCCAGAUUAUGAAGUAACGGAAGGUAGGGUUCUAUUCAAGGACCAGAAUUUACUUGACAUGGAACCAGAAGAAAGGUCCCAUGUUGGCAUUUUCAUGAGUUUUCAGAGUCCUGUGGAGAUACCAGGUGUAAGCAACUUCGACUUUCUGCUUAUGGCAUUCAAUGCUCGAAGAAAAAGCCAAGGUCUACCACCAGUAGAACCUCUUGAGUUCUACAGUUUGGUGACUCCUAAAGUUGCUGCCUUGAAUAUGAACCCAAAAUUUCUGGACAGAAAUGUAAAUGAAGGCUUCAGUGGCGGUGAAAAGAAACGGAAUGAAAUUCUGCAACUUGCAGUUCUACAAGCAGAUUUGGCUAUUCUCGAUGAAAUAGAUUCAGGGUUAGAUGUUGAUGCACUUCAAGACGUAGCAAAAGCAGUUAACGGACUAUUAACACCGAGUAAUUCCGUGUUGAUGAUCACACAUUAUCAACGCCUCCUGGAUUACAUCAAUCCCAACUAUGUCCAUAUAAUGGAAAACGGCAGGAUUAUAAAGACGGGUGAUGUUUCACUCGCAAAACUUCUCGAGAGGGAGGGCUAUAGAGGGAUCUAUGGCGCAUAACUCAAAACCCGUAUGCAUCCCGCGUCAAUGUUCUCGCUUACUUCCUCUCGAUCCACAAUCUGUAUGCCUAAAUGAUGUCCUUUUCAGGCUCCGAAAAAUCACGGGGUCUGAUUCAUCCCAAGCUUGUCGUUGCGACCACACAUUCGCAUUCCUCAGACAACUCCAUGAGGUCGAUCUUUCUACUUCAUCUACAUAUUUAGUUUAAAUUUUGGUAUUUUCAAUAAGGUGGUUUUGAAAAUGUCUUGUUAGUAAGUUUAGUUGGUGCUUACUGGAUAUUGCCGUUAAUUUAGCUGAGAAAUUUAUUAAUUACAAAUUAAAUAGUUGUCAUCAUCGGUAGAAUCAUUUGAUAACUACCAUGUACCAAAAUGGACUGAGUAAAAUUAUUUAAUGCUCUGUUUACUUCGAA